UCACCGAGCCGCUGCUGUAACUCGUGACUGUCAGCAUCAUGGCGUGAGUUUAUUGAUCUUCAUAAACUCACAGAAACAACAGCAGACAUGUGGAGGAUUCAGAAUUUGGUGGGCAGAGUGGUGAGCCGUUGCCAUGGAAACGCUCCGCUGCGGCUCUCACAGGGUCAUCACGUGGAGGACGAGGUCCUCAACUCCUCCAUCCUGAGCAGCGGACGACACGCGUCUGACAGCAGCAGUUCUCACGGUUCUCACGAUCAGAAAAAGAAGCGAACAUCUCAGUUCUUCUACACUGGUCUGCCGAGAUACACCGCACUCGAUGCAGUGGGAUGGGGUGCCGCUGCGGUUCUCUUCAUGCAGCUCUGCCGCAGGAUUCACUCUCGGCUGUCCUCGCACGCGGAUCAGAACCCUGGACCGGCCCGGAUACAGAAAUGCUCCUACAAAGUCCUGAUUGAGAUCUUGUCCCGGCCGAAUGCUUUAUCCGGCGGUGUGACGGUGAAAUGCCUGCAGACCCCAGACAGCGGCUCCAGUGACCGUAGUCAUGGUAACGGUGAUGGAGACGUGACCUCUGACCUGCAGACGGCGCACAGCUCUGAUGACCAGCAGGAGGAGCCGGAGAGCGCCGCGUCACACUGCGAUGAAACUCUUUUUCCUGAACAACUGAAACCAGAGGAAGGUGUUUCUCUCGAUGCAGCAGCGCAGAAUUUGCGAAGCGUGGCAGACGCCAGCAUUCCCGUAAUCCUCAACAUCAUCGGUCUGGAGAGCGCGAGAGCGGGCGCCUACGAGAUGGCCUUCUCCUGUUUUAUGGCCUCGGCGCAGCACGACUACAGCAAAGCUCAGUUUAACCUGGGAGUUUGUUACGAGAAGGGACGAGGAGCGCAGACGGACCUCAGCAAGGCGGUGCAUUAUUACAGACGCGCCGCAGCUGCUGGUCACCGUCAGGCUCAGUAUCGCUGCGCUAAACUCCUCCUGAACAGCAGAGGGCAGCAGAGCUCAGAGACGGAUGCAGCAGCGGCGCUCAACUUCCUGCAGGCGGCCGCAGACGCCGGACUCACUGAGGCUCAGGUGUAUCUGGGUGUGGUUUUGUCUCAGCGUCCGGACUGUGAUGAGAAGAAGUGUGUUCAUUAUUUCAGGAUGGCGGCUGAGAGCGGGGACGCCACGGCUCUCAUGUGUCUGGCUCAGUGCUACGAGACGGGUUUCGGCGUGUCUCCGUGUGUCCAAACCGCCGUCAGUCUGUAUCAUCAGGCAGCAGCCAGAGGAAACCAGCGGGCCAGAGACGUUCUGAGAGACAGACACAGCCGAGACGUGCUGCGCUCGAUCCGAUCGGCUCCUUGCUUCUCUGUGAUUGGCCAGCUGAAUCUCAACUCUAUGUUUCCUCAAGAGAAGCCCCGCCCACAGCAGCAAUCUGUCUGCCAAUCACAGCCGCUUCCUCAUUCCUGGAGCACAGGAAGUCUGAGUGUGUCGCUUCAGAUGCUCAGUGCUGAAAGCAGCCGCAAGGUUUGGACGCUCGGGGUGCGAUAACGUGAUCAAUUCACCUCUCAUCUCAUAAUCGCAUAAGCAGCUUAUUUGACCGAUACAAACGCAUUCACAAGCAUGUAGCCAUUAGAAACGCACACAGAAACUGCCUGAUCUGACCGAUGAAUGUUCUCAGCCAAUCAGAGCAGAGCUGGAGAGUUCCGAGCUCAGUGAUUGGCUGGUUAGGAUGUCCUUAGAUUAUUCAUGAGCUUUCGUUUCAGCCACUCUAAAUGUACUUUGCCAGUGGGAAGUGUUUGGUUUUGUGUAUAUAUAUAUAUAUAUAUAUACAGGUGCAUCUC